CCACGAAGAAGAAGAAACUGCAGCGGAAGUCGGCGAGGCGGGAGAUUGAAAAACGUAAACAAACUUAUUGUCGGGCUUUGUUUGACGAAAACACUUUUACCAAAAUGAUGAAAAAGGCGCCCAAUUUGAAGCGUACGAUCAGGACGAAAUCGAAGAGCAACGUAAACAUUGGUCCGGCGUCAGUCGCAAUGAUUGAACUGCUGACAGUGGUGUUCCUGAAGAGCCUGGCGGAGGAGGCGAAGGCCCAAGCUUUUGGAGAAAAAUCCGCAACGAUUAAAGCACAGCACAUCAAAGCGGUCUCUAAGAAAGUGCUGAAAAAAGCAAGAGGAUGAAGAUGGUGAAGAUCACCUUUGCGUUUCCUGAACAUUAUUGUGGAAUACAAUACUAGUAGUGUUUUUGUUGUUUGUUAUAUAUAUUAUAAUAGGUCUUAUUUGUACACUUUUGAUUUGACCUUUUUUUUCAAGUGCAAGUGCAACACUUUCUGUAUCUGGUUUCCUGUCAUAGCAGCUUUUUGUUCUAUUAAAUUCCUUGAUCUUA